UUCUGGCAGGGAGGUGCAGCCGCGGCAACAACAACAACCUGCAAGAUCGCCCCCAAUAACGGCCACGUCCUGCAAUGCAUGCCUGCGCUAUCGCUCGACUAAGAUUCCUGGGGAAUACGCCUGCGAUGCAAUGACAUAUACCGCGUCCAUCAACGAUGCUAAAACCGACUUUUUCGUCCUUGUUUGCGAAGCGCCUCGGCGCGAGCUGGACUUGCGCCCGAUGUCGCACCCAGGCGCCCAGACCGAAGACUUCUGGAGCGGCGCUUCCAAGGCGAUAUGGCAUUGGCACCUCUACGAGACCUUGGCUCGCAUCACAACCUAGGCCGAAGCCGCGUCGGCGGGCAGCGGUACUGCUAGCGGCGGCCGGAGGAUGGGCCGCCGCGAUGCUCGUCUCCGUCGGGGACGACAUCAUGAACUCUUACGAGGCAAUAGAGCGCUCGGGGAGGGUGGCAUCCACUCUCGUGCUCUGUAUAAACGACUACAGAACGACGCUCAACCAGCGGGACAAGCUCGACGACCCGGACGAGAGGGAACACGUGCUUAAGGCCUGCCAUAAACGGUGCGCCCUCAGGACGUUGAGGGUUCUCGAGAAGAAUGGCGGCAUAUUCAUCAAGUUGGGGCAACAUUUGAGCGCCAUGAACUACCUCCUUCCCGCGGAAUGGACCACGACCUUCAUACCCCUCCAGGACAAAUGCCCGGUGUCCUCGUUCGAGUCCAUUGAGGAGAUGUUCAGGAAGGACACGGGCGGGGAGCUCUGGGACUACUUUUCCGAGUUCUCGCCCGAGCCGGUCGGUGCCGCGUCGCUAGCACAAGUCCACCUGGCAACCAUCAAGGAGACGGGCCAGAGAGUGGCGGUCAAGGUCCAGCAUCCGAGCCUGGAGAAGUUUUCCAAGCUCGACAUGUCGCUCACCAGCUUCACCUUCUCGGCUCUCAAGCGCUUCUUCCCCGAGUACGACCUCGAGUGGCUGUCGUCCGAGAUCGAGGUUUCGCUCCCCAUCGAGCUCGACUUCCGAUGCGAGGCGGAGAACGCGCGACGCACGAGGGAACAUUUUGCCCGCAUUCCCGAGCUACCGCUCGUCAUACCAGACGUCGUCUGGGCAAAGAAGCGCAUCCUCGUCAUGGCCUGCGAGGCCGGCCACCGGCUCGACGACCUCGACUACCUGGACUCGAAUGGGAUCGACCGAGGCGAGGUGUCGGCCACGCUGGCCAGGAUAUUCAACGAGAUGAUCUUUGGCGACAACGCGCCGCUGCACUGCGACCCGCACGGGGGCAACAUCGCGAUCCGCAAGAACCCGGCGCGGCGCGGGCACAACUUCGACAUCAUCCUGUACGACCACGGGCUGUACCGGGACAUUCCGCAGACGCUGCGGCGCUCGUACGCCAAGAUGUGGCUGGCCAUCAUCGACGGCGACAUGGAGCGGAUGAAGAAGUACGUGACCGAGGUGGCCGGCGUGGGCGAGGACAAGUUCCCGCUGUUCGCGUCGGCCAUCACGGGCCGCGACUUUAGCGUCGUCAGCUCGUCCAUCACCAAGCCCAAGGACGCGAGCGAGCAGAAGACGAUGAGCGCCGCCCUGCAGGAGGGCCUGCUCGUCGACCUCGUGCAGAUGCUCGGCCAGGUGCCGCGCAUCAUCCUGCUGAUCCUCAAGACCAACGACCUCACCCGCAGCCUGGACGAGAACCUGCACACCCGCGAGGGCCCGGCCCGCCAGUUCCUGAUCCUCGCCCGGUACUGCAUGCGGACCGUCUUCUACGAGCAGCUGGACGAGAUCCGCCAGCGGGGUUCGCUGCUCUGGCCGCCCAACGCGCUGAGGGUGCUGGCGGCCUGGCUGGGCUACGUGAGGGUGGGCAUCAAGCUCCAGGUGUUUGAGCUGUGGAUUGGCAUCAAGCGAGCGUUUGGAUACCACGACGGGAUCGGUCUGGGGAGCGGCAUUGCAUAGAGAGAUAUCUAUACCUCGGUUCGGUUCGGAACACUUUGCAUAUGGAGUUAGUCGGCUGAUGCAUUUUCACGGCAUGUCCAGUCGGUUUAUU